CAGAGAGAAAGGUGGAGAAUCCAAACAAACAAAGGAUCUCUGUAACUUGGUUCUAAUGUGAAGGCACAGUGGACUAACAGGCUCAGAGACAGAUGAGACAGCCCCCUUCUUUUGCCAAAACACCAUGGAAAUGCUGACACACAUCAGACGAGCCUACCAGGAUCCAGGGAAAGGAAGCAGAGUAGGUUUGUCUCUGCCAAAACUGAGUGAGAACAGUAGAUGCUGGGGCAGUCUGGAUCCUGCAUCCUCACCUGAUCUGCUGAGUACCAGGAGUACAUGUCGACCUGUACCUCUUAGACAAAGGACUAACAGGCAGAGAUCAAAAACUGUGGUUCCUCAAUCCUCAUCCUGUUCAAGAUUCUUCGCUGCAGCUCAGCUCAGCCACUCAGCUCCAAACAUCAUGGAACCUCUUCUGCACAACCAGACCCGACUGUUUUCUCAUGAAACUACUCUUGAGAGAAAGGGCUUCUUGCCAGCUUUGCAUCCCAGCGUCCCUCCACAUACACCCAAACGUUUGGCACCACUGGAAAAUGGAUCCAGACACAGCGUGGCUCUACCGUUUUUUAAGCACCACAUUCCCCUACAGCCCAUCAAUCGUAGCUCUCUUUCUCCCAAAACCCGGCUAAGGAGAGAGAGGUCGACUUGCAGUAGCCCACGCUUUGGUCCUGUCAGCAUUAAACAUGGCAGUGAGGAAAGUGGCUCCAGCAGCAGCAGCACCCAGAGUUCCAUUGAUCUCGAGGAUGAGACCAAGGAAGAUGAGAGGGAUGUGGACAAAAAAAGUUUGGAACUCAGCCUUUGGAAGCCCAGUGAAGAUGGAUUAUUGAAGCAGUUGAAAGAUGGCCUCUCCACUGAGGCUCACACUGACUACCAGCUUGCAAAGACACAGCAGAAUAUCAAUGUUUUCACUCAUAAAAGACUCAGCUGCCCGUUUCGGCAUAUUCAGUGUGGCGCGCCGAUUACUCAUUCAGACUCAAGAGAGACAAGUGACAUCAACUUUGAACAAAAUCAGGACACUGUACAUGCCAUUAAAGACACAGUGAAUAAUGAUAUAUCUAUUGCUUCAGAUUUUAAGGAGAAAAAGAUCAAUACAGUGUGCACUAAUGAGACAGAUGGAAAUACCUUUACUGUGAAUCCUGAGCAGCAUGUUGCUGAAGAAAACCAUAUAAGUGAUCUGUAUAAUGUGGAAGAGGAAAAGAGAGCAGGAACAAACUCCUCUGACCACAAAAUGACUUCAAUCUAUAAACUGCAUGUCGACCAACUAGUCACUGACUGUGUAGAUGGUGGCCAACUAAAUAUAAUCAAUGAGGAAAAUCAUAUAGCUCCAGCUGUGAACUUCACCCUGAGAGGUGUAGCCGCUCAUAGAGACAAGAGGAUCCUUAAACCUAGCAAACGUGUCCCUAACAAAGUCAUAAUAAACAGUGUAAAUGUAAUAAAAACAAACAUUCAAAGUAACAAGUCUUUCAACAUAUCGGCACACAAAGAAAAAAAUCACAAGUGCAAAAACAAUCUGAGGACAUCCUCGGUUUCCACACAAGUCAGCACUAAGCCCAAGAAAAGCCCUGAGCCAAAAGUCAGUGGAGAUGCCGGUUCCCAUGACACCCCAUCACCAAAAACAAAGGUUACAGAGGUCCAUCAUCCACACAGUAAAAAUGCAAACUGUGAUAAACUCAUCAAAAGUGCCAAAGAGCAACCAGCAGUGACGGAAAUGAAGAGUGUCCAGCAGCUGGACUUCAUCACCUACAAAGACAUGUUUCAGGAGAUCCAGAGUCCAGAUGAACGACCAGCUAUCUAUGAGAUCUUUGUUGGCCCUGUUUAUGAAAACCUCAGAGUUUUUGAUUCCUGUGACAAAUUCAGAGGCAGACACGUGAAUUCUGCUCCAAUCAAGAACACAAAAGUCAAACACGUGCCUGUGAAGCAACCGGAGAAAAGUAAAAGGAGAAGUCCAGUUGAGACCACGGUAGCAUCAUCCAAAAGUAAACCAAAACUUGUGUCAUCCAACAUGAAAUCUCGCCUCACACCAGUACCAAGGAAGAGUAAAAACAAAACGGAUACACCUAAUCUGGACUGGAACAGAGAGGAGGAAUUUCUUCUCAGCCAGGACCGUGAAAUUUAUCUCAACAAUCCUCAAGAAGGAAAUCAUAUGUUAUCUAUUAUAGAUGAGGCACCACUGAGAUACGAGUCUGAAACACUGAAACCUGGUAAUCAGACUAUUGUUGUGACUGCAAGGCAGUGUCAUGCUGUGAAUUCUGUUGGCACAAAAACUCAAACAGGAACCCAAAACCAGUUGGUUCAUGAAGGUGCAGCUUGUGACAGCCCACAACAACGCAAGAUCAACACUUGGACCUCAGUUAGCAGCAGCGAUGACACCAUGUCUCCAGUGUACCAAAGGUUUCUGGACGAGGUGGGGGAUGGGCCGCUUACAGAUGACUUGCUCCAGUGCCUGGCUGAGGAGCUGAUUUCAUUGGAUGAGCGAGAUGUAUCUACUGGUCCAAGAUCUGACAACCUGGAAAUGAACCAAAAGGAGCCCAGCAGAGAAGAUGGGCCUCUGUUGGACAAAAAUACAAUUGCUAAGGUUAAUUUAACAAACAAUCCUACAAUCCAUGGCUGUGGGUCAUCAAUGGAUGAAGCGAUUGCAUGGACAAAGGGGGAGGUACUUGGCAGAGGAGCCUAUGGGACAGUUUACUGUGGUCUGACCAACCAGGGUCAGCUGAUUGCUGUGAAGCAGGUGAAUCUGGAUAAUUCUAAUCGUGAGGCCGCAGAAAGAGAGUACAACUGUUUGCAGGAGGAGGUGGAGCUACUUAAAACCCUGACACACACCAACAUUGUAAGCUUCCUGGGGACAUCACUUUAUCAACAUGUGGUUUCUAUUUUCAUGGAGUACAUCCCAGGAGGCUCCAUCGCAAGUGUACUACACAGAUUUGGUCCUCUGCCAGAGCGCAUCCUAGUUCUAUACACUCACCAAAUCGUAGAAGGAGUUGCGUACCUUCAUCAGAACAGGGUGGUUCACCGUGAUUUGAAGGGAAACAAUGUCAUGUUGAUGCCCACUGGUGUUAUCAAGCUCAUAGACUUUGGCUGCGCACGACGUCUCAGCUACCUUAGCCACACUGACAGCAACAGUGGAGACCUGCUCAAGUCUGUCCACGGCACACCUUACUGGAUAGCACCAGAGGUUAUCAAUGACACGGGGUAUGGCAGGAAGUCCGAUAUAUGGAGUGUGGGCUGUACUGUGUUUGAAAUGGCAACAGGAAAACCACCACUAGCACACAUGAACAAAAUGGCUGCCUUGUUCUACAUCGGGGCAGGAAGGGGGUCAAUGCCCUCCUUGCCAGAUAAGUUCUCAUAUAAGGCCAAAGAUUUUGUGAGAAAUUGCUUGACAAGUGACCAGAGACUGCGGCCAUCUGCAGACCAGCUGUUGAAGCAUUCAUUUAUCUUCGGACACAAAGCUGGAGGGAGCGCUUGGGAAACACAGAUAAAACAGUGCUGUGAUCAUCCAGAGGGACUGUGUGUUUAAACAAGGAAUUCCACUAAAUGUUUCUGAAUACACAGGACAGCUAAUGACUU